UCUCGGAGCUCGCGAGAGUAUCGCAAGCGCCGCACAUCGCCGCCACCGCCGUCGUCUAUGAGACUGCGAUGCUAUAUUGCCGCCGUGUGUUUGUCGUUUUCCGCGCGCGUGUAUUAUUCUGACCGAGCUGCGCGACUUUACUGUUGUUCCACGGGUAGUUUGUACGAUCGACGAGGAUGGGACGCGACGAGUGCUCUGCUGUUCCUGAUUGCGAGCUGCUGAUGAGCUGGCUGGACCGGCCAAGGCCGGAGCUACGCGAUUAUGGCGAGCGGCUUGAUAGAGUUCAACACGGGGAGAGUUUGGCGAGAAGGACUACGAUUGAGAACAGACAAAGAUGCAGGCUGAAACAGAAGGCUUAUGUGCCAUCGAUGACUUCGACACUACAUUGAUACCAGUGGAAAUAUUACCCUGCGAUGUGACCGGAGCCAGGAACAGAGGAGCAGAUGCUCUGUCCAUUGUUGAGCUUGGUAAACAGUUGCUGCACAGUGCCAAAAAUGGGGACACGGACAUGGUGCGAGACCUCAUGUGUAGAGGUGCACCCUUUACGACAGACUGGCUGGGGACGAGCGCUUUACAUCUAGCUGCUCAGAAUAACCACACAGAGACGGCUGAAGUUUUACUGAGAGCAGGAAUCUCAAGAGAUGCAAGAACCAAAGUUGACAGAACACCAUUGCACAUGGCAGCUUAUGAAGGUCAUCAUCAAAUGGCUCAGCUGCUUCUCAACUAUGGAGCAGAAGUUGACAGCAGAGAUAUGCUAAAAAUGACACCUCUACACUGGGCUGUUGAACAAGAACAUGCAGAGGUUAUGCUGGUGUUAUUAGAACAUGGGGCGGAUCCAAACAGCACUAGUAAAUUCAGUAAAACGCCAGUAACCCUUGCAUUGGAGCAUGAUCGGUUAGAUUUAGUAGAUAUGCUUCAACAAGAACGCGAAAUCGUCAAUGUUCAGCAAAAUCAAUUGCAGUCAGCAGAAAUUGAAGCUGCCACGCAGAAUUUAAUUCAAUUAGAAGCUGAAAGACAGAAAGAGGAACAAGAACGAUUAGAACUAGAAGACCAGCAAACGAAACGAAGACUAGCACAAUUAACAGCAAAUAAGAAACAGCGAAUGUCCUUUCAACAAAUUAGAGUUCAAGCAAUCAACGAAGGUGAUCAAGCAAAAGAAGACAUUCAGAGGCUAGAAGAGAAGACUAUUCACUUAGGAAGUAAAAAGCAUCGAGAUGUUACGAAUUUGGCUGGUGUGGAACAGCCUCUGAGGUUAUUGCAGGCGCAUGGAAUCACCAUGAUUCCAGUGGACAAUGAUUCGACAAUUGUCGAAAAUGCUAUGGAAAGCGGUCAAACCGUUGUUCUUACAGAAGCUGGUAAGCUCGCGUUAAACCUUACAAGGGUUCCAAAUCAUCUGAAUGUGACGCCAAUUAAGCGACUACAAAUGAGUAAUAAAAAAGGAGCCUCGAGAAAAGUUAUUACCAUACGGGCUGAUCAAAUUUUAGGUCAGAACCCGCCGACAAUGGCAUCGAGAGGAGGACCAAAUAUUCUGAAAAGAGCCAGUAAUGAUGCAAGGAACACUGGAAAAAUUUUCCUCACGUCAAUUGGAAAUGCAACGACGGCUAUUCCAACUCUAACAGCUGCUAAGGCUACAAUGUCUCCAAUGAAGAAAACGAUUAUGACACCGAAGACGGCACCAAUGCUUUUACAAUUGGAUAACGAAAUGGAGGAAAUUUUCGACGACAAUAGCAACAAAGAGCCCAUUAUGGAUGUCGCCGAGCUUAAUCGAAAGUUGGCGGAGGCUCGAAGAGAAGCCGACGAGUUUCGUCGACAGUUGCAGAAGAAGGAAGAGGAAGCAGAAAUCUACAAGCAACAAUUAAAAAACUUAACAGCUCAGAAAGCUAUGAUGAAGUGAUUAAAACAGUGCCUCUUCUCGUGAAAGUUUCAUAGUUUUGAACUCUAGUAUGGAGAUCGCUAUUCCAAUACAGUCAAAUAUAAAUUUUGAACUGUCCUACACAUUUUCUCUGUAAUUUAAACAAGUGAGACAAACGGAACGUUUACAGUAGUAAAACGGUGUGUUUUUCUACUGUGUAUCUGUCGACAAAAAAUGAGCAAAUUUGCAUUUUUUACAAGUAAUUGUCAUUUAUCACAUGUAUAUACCUUAGUUUGUUAUAUAUGUAUACCAGGGAUAUAAGAUUAGUUUAUAUUUAAAGCCAGCUUUUACAGAUUGGAGAAUCCGACUAAUGAUUAAGAAGAAUAAAUUUAUUUUUUGUAAUGACAAUUUUUUUCACCGUCAAUUUUAUACGUCACAUGCAAGGAACUGGCAUUCCAAACUCUUCCUGACAAGUAACUUCCAUAUAGCUGCAGCAUCACAUGUCACUGCGAAUUGCUACACGUGUACAUACGUAAAUCAAUAGCAUGCUAAAUUUUAUACUAUUUAAUUGUUCGGCACCUUGAAACCGAGAAACAAUAGCUAUUUGAAAGGCUUUAAUAUUGGUUCUCGAAAAUGAUGAAAAAAGUUGUCAAAAUUGUACAAAGAGGAAAAGUUAUUGCUAAGAAGAUGAGUAAAACUUAACGCGGUAUUUCUACAGCCAUAGCUUUGUACAUAAAUUUAAUAUAAAGCAUAUAUGAAUAUAAUUUGCGCUAUGUCAGCGUGUUCGUCUAAGAAUCAGAGCAAAACUACACAAAGCGAGCUUGGUCCCUCAACUGGUUGAGAGUGAAUUUCACGCAAAAAAAUAAGAUGAUGUAAACGUGCGGAAGAACAAAUUCUUGACGUCGCGAAGCGAGUACUAUCUUUGUACCUCUGAUUAUGCAAUAAUAAAAAUGGUUUUUAUAUUAGCAUUUAAAGACUUAAAUCGGUUAAAGAAAGUAAACCAUCAUAGAAUCUAACUCUAGACCACAACGCUGCUUUUCUCUUCGGCUGAGCGUGUGUGUGCAUACACGUACAUUUUACUACGCGAAGGAUGCGCGAGAUUUACGGUCUGCGCGUGAUUUUCCUUGUUCUUCUUUACGAGCGCGCAGGAGACGAGAGAGAGAGAGAAAGAGAAAGAGAGCUAAGGUAGGCAGGCAACAGACUCACGUAUGGGCAACGUCGUAAGGCGGCGCACGCGCGCAAAUCGAUAGGAUUGUCGGGAGGCUUUAUCCUGUACGUCGCUGUUGCCGUGCUCCUCUGUGUCUCUUUCUCUAGCGCUUUUCUAGCGAUGCGCGUCCUUUCUAACUAGGCAGAGGGAGUUUCCCUCGGUUUGUGUGCGAGGAUGGAAAGAUUUAUCUGGCUGUAAAGAGGAAAGUGCGUUUUACGUUUGAAAUCCUCGUCCAACGCCUUCUUUUAUUCGUUUGAGUUAUUUUGGGUAUUGAAAAAUCGAGGUUUGAACUUUUGAGCGAUAUUUUGUAGAAAAAUUAUUCACAUGCCUCAGUGCCGUGAUGCGUGAUUGUUUUGUUUAAAAACUAGGAUUAAAAAUUGUUGAACGCAAAAUUACUAAUCGGCAUCGCCUCUCAUAAUAGACUAACUUUCUUAUUGCAUUUCUCAACGUCACGAAUAAUAUUGCUAUGAUAAUGCAAAACAGCAGCCUGCGUGGCAUGCCCUUUUACAAUCUUUAUAUUAAACGAGACACGCUAUAGUUUACCAGAUUUUUGUACCUACAGCAUUAUCAUAGAUGUAUCUGUAUUUACGUCAUGUUUUGUAAAUACGAAUCAGUACACCCUGUAAGAGUAUAUUAUAACGUCGAUUGUACAAAAUCCACUCUACGCUAUUUUUGCAAAGUUCGUAAUAAUAAAACAUUUCAAAUGCAAAGUC